AUGGUUGAUGUGUUUCGUGGGUACAACUCACUUAUACCGCCCAUCAGGAAUCUCAGCGACAUGCCAAUCAUCGUCAGAGUCGCCAUGCAACUUUUCCUUCUUAUCGAUGUUGCAGAGAAGGACCAGGUGAUGCAUACAAACGUUUGGUUGACAUUGAAAUGGCACGACUUCCAGAUGCGAUGGAACCCAGUGAACUACGGUGAGAUAAAAGAAAUGCGGAUCUCACCGGAUAAGGUCUGGCUACCUGACAUCGUCUUAUUCAAUAACGCUGAUGGCAAUUACGAGGUGUCAUUCAUGUGCAAUGUCGUUAUAAAUUACCAAGGCGAUAUGUUGUGGGUACCACCAGCGAUUUACAAGAGCUCAUGUAUCAUAGGUAAGGCUGUUUAG